UAUUAAAGAAACCGGAGAAGAAUCGGAAGAUGAAAAAUGAUUUCUUUGGCUUCUCGACUUUCCACAAGUCUGGUUUCUUGCGGUGUUUGAUGCGUUUCCACAGAACAAUUGGAGAUUUUGAAAGCGCUGUGUGAUUGCCAUAAACCCGACAGUACUGUACUGCACUAACAUUUAGUCGAUCAGUCCUUAGUAAUUAGUUCUUACCAUUAUCUGCCAUCAUUCUGGAUUCUUUGCAGCAGCUCCGCGGUACGCACAAAAAUGGUUGUGUUCAUCUGUAAUGCUUGUGGCCAGUCCGUAAAGAAGGCACAAGUAGACAAGCACUGGCAAACACAGUGCCGGAACUGUACGGUUUUGUCUUGCAUUGAUUGCGGCAAGGAUUUCCCCGGUGACACCUUCAGGAACCAUAAUCAAUGUAUGACAGAGGAAGAAAAGUGGCAUGGUAAAGACGUCAAAAUAAAAGAAAAUGGGUCUAGUGGACGAAAAAAGCAAGAUACCUGGACGGAGAACCUCCAGCGCAAGAUUAGCGAAAGUGCCAGUAUUAAGAACCCGCAGUUAAUUGAUAUAUUGCGGAAACUCGUGGAUUUCGAGAAUGUACCACGGAAAGAGGCCAAAUUCAAGAACUUCCUAAAAAGCUGUCUGAAAAUCCACAAUCCCCAGAUUGUUGAAGCAGCCUGGAAGGUGGUUUCCGAAGUUAAAGCACCUGCAGAACAAACCGUUCCGAAUGCCUCUUUGGAAAAUGGCUCCGUAACGCAGUCCUUGGCGAUAGGAAAUCAAGAAAGUUCCCACGCGCCACAAUCUGCCGAAAAUGGCUGUUCGGUCCCUGGAGAUGAAGGAUCCACAUCAGAAGAACCAUCCCUUUCAACUCUGAAAAAGUUCAAGUGGAAAAGAGCGAUAUUAAAUGCAUUGACCGAGGCCGAUGCGGAAAUUCUUCCAAAAAAGAAACUUAAAAAGAAGGUUAUUGCCAGUUACGCAGCACAUCCAGGGAACGAAUCCACUUCUCAUGAGGUGCUGGAGGAAAAAUUUGAGAAGUAUUUACAACGACAUCCAACGUUGUUUGCGGUGGAAGGAAAAUCUGUUAAACUCAUAAAGUCGUAACUUGAAUUUAAACAGCUUACGGUGUUUAUCAGCGACAUUUACUUACGUGGAUCGCAUUACGCCUGUAAGGACAGUGCAAUUUUGUGCAACUCAGUAGCGGCUGCAGCAGAAAGGUGCAAGUGGAAUUUGUAUUUAUGAGGUCAUUCAUUUCAAAGGACGCCUUUGUAAAACGAAAAUGUUGUGGCAAUGCAUUAUUGCAUUUAAGUGUUUGGAAUGAAUAAAGGCUGUCG